UAAAAAAUGCUUUUCUAAAUAAGCUUUCCCAAAUCAAAAGGAAGGAAACUAAAGAGAACAAUUCACCGGACAAGCGGCUCAAAUUUUCUUUAGUUUUCUAUUUUUCCCGGUCCUGUGGAGGGUUUGACUUUUUGAAAGCAUAGUAGCUUUUCAAUACUCUGCGUGUCAACGCUCCCUAGCUAACAGUACAGACGAAAAAGCUACGAGUCUACUGUGUUUCCCUUUCCUCUCAACUUCCGUCUUGUUGAGUUAGGGCGCAGAAUCCGAUUCGGUGAAAAUGAUACUCGAAGGACGUUUAUUAUUCUGAUUCACGUCUCAGAAUUACUUACUGUUUGUGAGCUUUUCCGACCUUUUAUUUACGCUAAAUGUCGAACCUAGACUGUGAAGGCUUUGGCUCUUUGAUGUAGUAGCUCUUCAGCUUCAGAGAGAGAAACAGUUAGCCUACAACAAAAACUUUAUUUUGUUCCUGCUUAAAAUCAUUGUUUUGGUCUGCUUGGUGGGAUAAAUCGAAAGGAUGUCAGACUAAAACCAAGGAUCAUGGCACGUUUAAUACGAAAUCUCUUCUCGUUGAGGCAGUGCAAAUGUUUGUUCGUUUCUGUGCUUUUGGUGUGUGCAGUGAUGGUGUUGGUGGCACUCAAACUUCAUCCGGAUCUAGUCAAGGCUCCUUUUUACCAUGAUGUUUCAAGCAAUGCUCUCACAUCAAGAGGGAAAUCAGAAACACCCUCAAGCAAAGAGACUGGUGAUCUGCAAUCUUCUAAUGGAGACAGUGAUUGGACCGAUAGUGUUCAGUUCCUUCCUCACACCGAAUCUUCAGUGAUAAGCACAGAUGGAGGUCAGCCUGUCAAGAAUUAUCAAGCCUUUGCAACGCAGAAUUUGGAAAGUAUAAUUAAUUCUGGGCCAAUCUACUAUCACCAGAAAGUCCCAAAUUACAUACCUGAUAGUCCAGUUGCUAGAGGUGAUAUAUCUGCAGUGGAAACCCAAGGUUUUGUAAGACCUGUGGGUCAAUUGCCAUCAAAUGUCUACUUAUCUCAAGAUUCAGCGUCAGUUACUCAAAAGGAUAAUCCGGUCUUCGUUCCAGAUCGGCGACUCGUUCACUUUGAUCUGAAAGGCGCCCCUCCUAAAAUAGACUAUUUGCAACAACUCAUCCCCCUUAUUGUGCAACUCGGAGGCACAGGACUUCUCAUAGAGUAUGAAGACAUGUUUCCCUAUGAAGGAGAUUUAAAAUCGAUUUCGGCUUCUAAUCACUAUACUAGAGCAGAAAUUCGAUCGUUGUUGAAUGUAGCCGAAGCGUACAAAUUAGAAGUGAUACCACUCGUACAGACCUUUGGGCACUUGGAGUAUGCCCUCAAGUUGCCUCAGUUUUCUCAUUUGAGAGAAAAUCCCGCUGUACCGCAGGCGGUGUGUCCAUCACAAAAUGAAUCUUUUGUAUUAAUUCAGAAUCUCGUCGAUCAAAUUAUGUCAAUGCACGAAGGAAUCAAGUAUCUGCAUAUCGGAUGUGAUGAAGUGUUUCACAUGGCCGAGUGCGCAAUCUGUUCCCUAAAGCCUAAAGAUGAUCUUUUCCUAUCUCACGUUCACCGAGUGGCCUCCUACGUCAACAACAAGUAUAAAGUCAAACCCAUCAUUUGGGACGAUAUGUUGAGACACAUGACCGCUGCGACACUGGAUGAUGCCAAAUUAGGAGAUAUAGUAGAACCUAUGGUUUGGGUCUACGCGGAAGAUGUCUAUCGAUUUGCAGGGUCGUAUGUUUUUGAUCGAUACGCCCAAGUUUUCCCAUCGUUUUGGAUAUCCAGCUCAUUCAAAGGCGCAUUCGGAGAAACUCUGAUAGUCCCCGACAUUUCUCGACAUUUGGAGAACAAUCUCAAUUGGUUAGACGUUGGACGGACGGAGAGUCCAAAGUUCCGGCAAGGACUCCGAGGCAUAGCCAUAACUGGAUGGCAGCGUUACGACCACUUCAGUAAUCUAUGCGAAUUAUUACCGGCAUCCAUCCCUUCUUUAGCGGUCAACUUGUUGACUACAUCCAGAGGAUAUUACAAUCAAUCACUGGCGCCAUCACUUUAUAAAGCCUUAUCUUGCCAAAAGGCUCCGCGAUAUGAAAAGAUUCCUGAUCUGCGGAUAAGUCGAUCUGAUCGUUUUCUGCACGAAAAGAUGACCAUGUGUUUCUUUCCAGGUGCACCUUUCUUCAAAAGCACGGCCCGAAUCCUCCGGCUCGAAAAAGAGAUUGAAGAAUAUGUCAUAUUGACUACCAAACGUAAGGGUUGGCUGACGGAUUACAGCGUCCGGCACAACUACAGUAGCCCAGCUCGUAUUGAUGAGCUUUUGCGCGACUUGCCUUACCUGUCGGGCAGUCUCAACGCAGUAGCUAAGCAGACAAUGGACAUACUGAAGAACAUCUUUGACGUUCACACGAUAUCCGAGUGGAUGGAACAAAAACUUUUGCCCCUUUUCGAGAAAUUGGAUCGUAUCCAAAUGGACGCAGCUACAUUGCGCUCCCAAAAAUACUGGCCUGUUCGCCCACUCAAAUUAUUUGAUCGAUGGCAGCAGUACGGCCUCCAUUUUAACCAUUUUUUCAACGUGAAUGAAACGCAGUCCAGCACUCACCACUAAACACUCACGAAUAUUCGAAAUAAUAAUCUGCAAUACCGUACACUUUUUAUUUUAUUUAGCGAGGUCUUAUCCCAAAGGACAGAUGCCUCGUGUUCAACUUUUGACAAAAAUCAUGGCAUAUACAAACAUCUAAAGUUUUUCUGACUAUGCUGUUAUGUUCUGUUGCACGGAAAGGCUCUUCUCGCUGUGCACAUCAUUUAUUUCCAUUCCCCGCUGUUUCCCAUGAUAUUUUCUGGCCCAUUUUCUGGUUAGAAUUUUUUUACAUAUUAGUCGACUGUUUAAUGCACUGUUCAUGAUCGUUUAUAAUUUUGGUCGCUGACGGGUAGCACUCGGAACAAAUUGAUAUUCCCCAAUUUUUUUGUUUGUUUUCGUACCUAAUUAAACGGUUAAUGGUGGUCACAGAAAAAGAUAAAAUUUAAUACAUCAGCUAAACUCGA